CUUCUUGGCUUUCAGGUUUUAGGCACCGUAACCAGCCCUCAUUGUCGUUAUUAAGCUGCGCAUGCGCGCGGGCUGGGCAACUUAUCACUCAUGAUGUUCCAGCAGAACUUUGUAAAGAAGUCAUUGUUUAUGCAACAAGCUCAUGAACUAUUUAGUUUAGUGUGUGCGAAUAAUUCUAGUAUUAAUAGGAUUUUCAUAAACAUGACUUAAAAAUCUACAACCCAACUCACUACCACCAUAAAAGAACCAUCCGUGCGUCGGGGUUUUGACAAAUUUGGCGGCAGAGGAACUGAAACGUGCAAGUCUAAAGCUCAAAACGGCAGUGCAUCAGAGGAGUUUCUUGCUGUCUUCACACACAUUCACGUACCAAAACUAGUCAUGGUUCAGGAGACGGUGUACGCGCUUAACAUCGCUGGUUGUGCAGUCACUGGCGUAGCUCUAGUUUUUAAUGUCGUGGUGAUGGUAGUCUUUCUGGCCAACAAGCAACUACGCAUCAAGUACUACUUUUUCGUCUUCACUUUAGCAAUUACUGAUACCGUUUCGGCUGCAGCCUUUAUUCUGUCCAGCAACAUUAAAGGGAAGUUCCUGAGCUCAUUGGUUUUUACGUCUUAUGGUGUGUUAACGUUGAACGUCUUCUUCGUGGCUGUGAACCGGCUCCUGGCUUUGAGUAUCACUCCACCUGCUCGCUACGAUAGCAUGGUUACGCUUGGUCGCAUGGUGGUGGUUUACAUCCUGAUGUGGGUGGUUUCUGCUCUGACUUAUUUCCCUUUGACAUACACCGGUUCCCGACUUACCAUUCGCUUCAUACAACCACUAAUCGGUCUAGUGAUUCUGACAGCGACUGCAAUUCUCUACUUAGUUGUCUUUCGUAAGAUUUCUAGCUAUCGACCACCGUUGGCCUCUACCUCGGGUAUCCCAGAAAACGAUGAACAAACUGGUACCCGCGUGCGUCAAACACGUCACCUUCUGAUCACGUUCACCCUCAUCCUGGCUGCGUCAUUUCUAUGCUGGCUUCCGAUCUCUGUCGCCUGUUUCAUGAUUUACUUUAGCAGAAAUGGAACUGUUCGUGGUAUAGGCGAUUGGUUCCGUGUGUUUUAUAAGUCCAGUGUGCUUGUUCUGGUCAGUUACUCAGCCAUCAACCCGUUCAUUUACUGGUGGCGCUUUGGCGAGUUCCGCGAAGCCCUGUACGGCAUGAUGUACUGCUGGCGCAAAAAGCCGACGGCCGUUUUAGCAGAGGCAUCUGCCAGUAUGGAAACAGUUGUCGAACAGGCCAUGUGAGCCUUUUUUUUUAUUAUGUAUGAUGUAGAAACGACAAAAAAAAAAA